AUGUCUACAGCCAAACUCUACCCUCCAAGCAAAGGCUCUGCGGCAUCUAGCCCGUUGCCGCAGCUCUUGCAGACACCUUCAGGUCUAGCUCUUCUUGAGCUACAAGGGACUCUCAACUUACCUGAAAACGGCGAUGGCGAAGCUUUAAGCGGUGUUGAUGUUGGGAGACUUGACUUCCCAGACUAUGUCCCAGAUGCUGAGGGUUCUGCAUGGAUGAAGCGAGUUCAUCUUUAUGUUGGUCAACAUCAACGUCUCACCGGUGAAAUCAAGAAGCUACCCAAAGCGAUGGCUGUGGUACGAAAGAGGGAAAACAAGAAGAUUGUUGGCUCUGGGGGCGAGUCAGAGGAGCAGGGCGAGAACUUCGAAGUAGUUGAGAUUGUCAAGUACAAGAUCAUGUUCGGCAACCGACCUGAGCCUGUUGGAACCGCUAAUGCCACAUGA